AUUCACAUAUAUAAAUUAAACAAUGCAAUUGAGGGGGGUAGGUUACAACAGUGCAAGGGAGCCAGGGAGUAGAAGUUAAAAAGAGGGUGAGUUUGUGUUGUGGGGGCUUUUCCCAUGGCAUGCCUAGACAUGUUCAACAGCGAGCACCAAGGCUUCUGCGCUCCCGUGAGCCCACGAAUCUCCUUCUCCAACGAUUUCGUCGAUGCCCAACAAAUGAUCAAGUACGAACGUAGCUCCAGAGAAGCACCCCCCUCUUCGUCUUCCGACUUCGAAUUCUCUGUGUCCAACUACUCCAUGAUGACUGCCGACGAGCUCUUCUUCAAGGGCAGGUUGCUGCCGUUCAAGGAUAAUUGCACCAACCAGCAGUUGCAGAAGAUGACAUUGAGAGAGGAGCUUCUUAUCGAUGAUGACGAUGCACCGCCAAGGCCGCCCAAGGCUUCCAACAAGUGGAAGGGGCUUCUGGGUCUGAAAAGGACCCACAUUUUGUCCAAGAAAACUGAUAAGAAUGAUGGGUCCAUGGAGAGAGUAGUAGAAGGAAAGGGGUCAUCAACUGUCGCUCAUGAGCAAGGCCAUGUUACCAAGACCUCGCUGGUGAUCUCUACAGACGGAGGACCAAGUUGCAGAGAAUAGAAAUUGAUCCAUUUGAUGAUGGUGGAGGAGUUGUAGAGAUAUGGGCAUUUUUUUUUUGGUGGGGAGGAGAAAAGUUUAGUUUGGAUCUUAAUUUUGUGUUGUGAGUUGCUUUUAAACUUUUUCGUUUUCGUCAUUUAUCCUUUCUUUUUCAUGUUUUUUUCUUCCCUUGUAAAAGUUGCUAUUUUGGUCGUUCUAUGUACAAAAUAUUUUCCACUUGAAGAAGAACUUGUGAUGUUAAUUGGUAGAUCUAAUCUAACCCUGGCUUAAUACGGGA